AUGCAAGCUGUUGUAUUCAAAGAACCUUUCCGAGUGGUGUUGGAGGAGCGGCCAAUUCCUACAAUUCAGCUUCCAACAGAUGUUGUUGUCAAAGUUCAAUAUACAGCGCUUUGUGGAAGUGAACUUCAUGUGUAUCGUGGCCAUCAACCAUCUGGAGCUAACUUUAUCAUGGGCCACGAGUUCAUCGGAGAGGUCUGGGAGAUAGGAUCUGCUAUCAAGAACUUUCGCAAGGGCGAUGAUGUAAUUGCGCCUUUCACAACCAGCUGUGGUGUGUGCUUUUACUGCUCUCGCAGCAUGAGCUCAAGAUGUGUCGAGUCCAAACUUUUUGGAUCGCCAGUUCUUGAUGGCGGCCAGGCCGAGUACGUGCGUGUACCACUGGCCGACUCAUCGCUUGUCCAAACCCCGGAGGCAAUUGACAAGAUCAAGCUAGUCUUCAUGGCGGAUAUCUUUCCCACGGGGUACUUUGCAGCUUUAAACGCGUUUAAGGGAAUUGAUGAAAAGGAAAUCAACAAUAGCACUGUUUUAUUGUUUGGUUGUGGUCCCGUUGGUCUCUUUGCUCUUAUCAACGCACUCUCCUAUCGCCCAGGACAUGUCCUGGCCAUUGACAAAGUUGCAUCGCGCUUGCAGGAAGCAAAAAAGCUCGGGGCAGAGGAAUGGAAUUAUGAGAAAGACGAACAGGGGUUGAAGGAUAGGGUCAUGGAACUUACGGACGGCCGUGGUGCGGAUAUCGUGAUUGAGGUGGUCGGUCACAGUGACGCCCUACGAAUGGGCUUCGAUCUCCUGAGACCAUUCGGCCGGAUCUCCAGUGUUGGAGUGCAUAAUGAAAACCUGCCGUGGACUGGAUUUGAGGCAUACUGGAAGAAUUUGUCCAUUCAACUUGGAAGAUGCCCAGUUCGAAGUUCGUAUUCUCGGAUAUCAUCACGGUAG